UAGACGAGUUAAAUAACGUUUUCGUUAUCGCUGUUACCGACUUUAGGGCCAUACAUACUAUAAUAUUUUCACUCAAAUCUUUACGAAUGAUACUUUUCCAGUACACUAAAAGUCAAAGGUUAAAGAACCAAGAACAUAAAUCUCGCGAUACAACUUGAGUAUCCAUAGUAACGCCAAAAACUCCCUGGCGGCUCACAGCGGUGUUAUUAAACUAACUGAAAUAUCUUCUUUAACGCUUUUAGCUGUGUGACUGUAAUUGUGGUUUCAGGCGCAACCAUGUCAGGAAAGAAACACGCGAAAGAUAAAACCAGAGCUGAAGACGAGGCCUGGAAAAGCGCAGGACCGACUCCAAAUGAAACACUUCCUGUUCAGACCUUCGAUGAAUAUCAGUGCACAGGAAAUGCAGAGACUGACUUCCCUGCGCUGUGUGCUUUACUGAAUGUGAAGGAUAUCCCAGCUGUCAUUGCCAAGUUCCCAGCCUCCUCCGCCAGUCAAACUGAAGGAAGUGACACCGAUAACCAGUUACAGACAAGUGAUGCUUCUUUCUGCUCAAAGCCCUGCUUAAAACUGGAACUUGAGAGUAAAGACAGAGCCAGGAGCAUGAAGGUUUCUGGAUGGAGGGUGAAUGAGCAGAUUUUCCGAGCGCUACAGAAGAUGCUCCCCUCCAUGAACCAGCUACUGAGCCUUGGGUUUUGGCAGGCGGGACUGACAGAUCGCAUGGUAGUCGCCCUCAUGAACACAAUACCGCUGUGCUCCAGCCUCAGAGUUGUGGCACUGGAAGGCAAUGUUCUUCCACAGCAGGGCUACCACCUUCUUCUCUCUGAGGACAGCGUCCUCACUCACUUGUCUCUGAGAAAUAACCGGAUAGGAGUUGAAGGCGCUCGCCUGAUUGGUUCAGCGCUUUCGACAGCCAGGUCUGCCAACAAAAACCUCCUGUCACUCAACCUGGCGUUCAACUGUAUAGGUGAUGCAGGUGCUGCACAUAUUGCUCAGGGCCUGCGGCUGAAUCGUACUUUGCUCUUUCUCUCGCUGUGCAACAAUCAGAUUGGAGAUGCAGGAGCUGCUCAUCUGGCUGCGGUACUUGGUGAGUUUGCCUUAACUCAUGACGAAAUAGUGGAGAGGAGGAAGCUGCUUCUGGAAAGAGCGCAAGCUGCUUUAGUGAAGGAUGAGCCUCUCCAAACAUUAGCUGGCAGCACCACCUCACUGGGUGGUAACAAAGGAGAGACCAGAGGCACUCCCAAAAAAAAGGAAGCAACCAGAAAAGACGAGAAACUGGCCGCCAACAAAGACAACCAAAAGCCAAACAAGAAAACCACUGAUACAAGAGCGCCUCAGGCUAGAGGUGGAAAGGCAGGGGGCAAAGAGAAGCAACAUCCAGAAGAGGAUAGAUCAAAUACUUCCCUGAAUGAGGCAGAGUUGGUGGAUUCAGUGAAUCCCCUGCUGGACCCGUCGGUGCAUCACAGGGAUGGACAGCUCUUCAUGCCUGGAAACACGACUCUUACCUCCCUCAACUUGGCAGGAAACAGAAUCACAGAGAAGUCGCUGCCUCUCUUUUUGGUGUCACUCGAGAUGCAGGGCGAGGGUGGAGGCCUGCUGCGUCUCUGUCUGCAGAGAAACAUUUUCCCACCAGGAAAUGAGUUUUACGUGAAGAUAAAGGAACUGAUGGCUCCCUUAGAUCCAAUAGAAAAAAAUAACUCUGAAGAGGAGGGACUGGGAGAGUAGAGAGGCUGACAGAACAGGCCUUCACUUUGUCUUAUAGCAACAAAAAUAUGUGUAUAAUUGUAUAAUAAUAAUUUCAGCUGUUUAAUUAUUUGUCAGAAUUAAUUAAAGAGAAUAAUAUGAGUGAACAGGGCAGCCAAUCAGAACUGUGUAGAUUAAUUGUUUUAGUUAAGUCACCUUGGAGAGAUGCCAAACUGCCCCAAACUGCCAAACUGCCUUUCACUGUUCUUGUAACAGUGACAAUAAAAAGCUAUUCUAUUCUAUUCUAUUCUAUUCUAUUACAGUAACCAACCAUCACUCAGGUGACAUGCACAUUAAGUUUAUUGGUGGUUCUAAAUUGGUUAUAGAUGUGAGUGUGAGUGGUUGUAUGUUUCUCUGUGUUAGUCAUGUGAUAGACUGGCAACCUCUCCAGAGUGUACCCUGCUUCUGUUUGUCUCCUGGAUUUUGGUGUUUUUUUCUCCAGGAUCUGAACCAUUAUGGCUUCAGAAUAGAGGACAUUUGACUCAAGAGACAAAGAUCAAAGUUUUUAGCUUAAACUAAAUAAAUCUGUUUUAGUGCAGCACUACUGUACCAGUAUUUACUUGAAUAAAAGCUACUUUUAGCCCUUAUUUACAAGGGCUCACCACAGCAGGCCACUCCAUGUGUGUGAUUAGGCAGAUUCUUACACUGGAUGAUCUUCCUGACCUAACCUUAGAGGGAUUUGUAUGAUUUGUGUCUCCUUCUGGAAUCAAACUGUGUAAUCCACUAUCCUGUAGUGCUGGGCUUUUAAUUAAUUAAUAUUCCAUUUCAGUUCCAUCAUCCAACUAUUCAUUAUUUUUCCUAAAAAUAAAUACAUAAAUGUAAAAAUUCCAAUUUUGAAGUUACAGCUCUUAAUGCUUUAUGUACUUUACCUUCCACAUCUGCUCCAGGUGUUUCUAUAUUCUUUAUUUUCCAGCCUCCCCAUCAUCUUAAAUAUAUAGUCAUAUUAGUUUGCUUUCAUUUUUCUGGUGUCUGCAUCCCACAGUUUGACAACUGUUGCCUUGGAUGGUUCUUCACAUUUAUGCCUCUUUUGAUGCUGAAGGCAGAGCACAUCAGUGGUGUCAUUCCCCGAGGUGCCACCAGGGGGCCCUCGAGGAAAAUUAAAACAUAAACUGACAAAGGUUUAAUUAUCGUAAUUUACACACAAUCAGUCUAAUACCUGGAAAAUCUAUAAUAUAUUUGAUUUGAUUUGGAAAUAUCCAUAACAAAAUUGUACACUAUGUUAAAAGCUAAAUAAAUUUUUACAUAUGA